CGACGACGAGCUUCGGAUCUCCGGGUAAGAUCUUCCUGUUCCUAAAUCCUGCUUUUUCUUUUCCUGCACUUUCUCGGCACAAGGACACCAAUUGAAGGGGCGAUUCUGUGAUUCAUUUCAAUAGAAUUCAUAUCCUGAUUAGGAUCUGGUAUAAUCGGCAUGGGUUUCUUGAUAACAACGCUAAUUUUCGUUGUGAUUGGGAUAAUUGCGGCCCUUUGUACCAGAAUUUGCUGCAAUAGAGGACCUUCUACUAAUUUGUUUCACCUUACUUUGGUUAUCACUGCAACAGUAUGUUGCUGGAUGAUGUGGGCGAUUGUAUAUUUGGCACAGAUGAAACCACUCAUAGUACCAGUGCUGAAUGAGGGCGAAUAAAUUUCUGCACGUAAGGUAUUUAUUUACGAAUUAGAAAAUGUGGUUCACAGAUUGGCUCCUGGAGAGAACAUGUUGUCGUUAUUGUGAAUUAUCAGUGUCUUCCAAGGUUGGGUUCAUAUGUAUUUCUUGCCGGACAGUGAAGUUUCAAUAUGCAUUAUUGCCUCAUUAGUUCCUCUCUUGAUAUUGUUGUAACUGAUCCUUAUUCAUUUUGAGGACUCUGUAGACAAGGUUACUGAGGUAUGUAUUUUUGUUCAAUAAGUUGAUGGAAGAAUAUCUUCUUGAAAAAUAAAAUAUGUCAAAAGUUUAGAGAGGAGGAGAA